GAUAUCAUCUUCAUUAUCAGUUACGGUGCCAGAGCCUGCAUUGAUAACCCAAUUAUUUCUACCAGUUUAUAACGCAGCUUUGACUUCGAAGCAUGGAUUUUGACCCAAAAUUGGUGGGAGGUUUGGUUUGUUUGUUGCUAGUCGUGGCUGCUAUUCAAAAGAGGCAUCGCUUUGGGCGUCAUUUACCUUUGCCUCCGAGUCCACCAAAAACCCAAUGGUUAUGGGGACAUAUCCUUCCACCUCAGCGAGGUUUUCUCAAAGUCGAAGAAUGGAUCAACACAUACGGCUCUGUCAUCUCUAUCAGGCAAGGAAGGCGGAGAGUCGUUAUCGUUGGCCGAUAUCAGGCUGCUGUGGAUAUAAUGGAAAAGCAAGGAGGUUCAACUGUCGAUCGUCCCCGUAUGGUCGCUGCGGGAGAUAUACUCUCAGGAGGACUUCGAUUUAUCUUCACACCUGGUGGUGAGAGGUUCAGAAGAAUGCGUAGAGCUAUUCACACGCACCUGCAGCCCAAGGCUGCAGAACACUAUGAAUCAGUUCAAAUGGAUAAUGCCAAGAACACAAUCCUUGAUUUGCUUGAUGAUCCAGACCAAUAUUCUCUUCAUGCCACACGGUAUUCCUCUGCUGUGAUACAGAAGGUUGCUUACGGGAAAACAUCACCCACUUCUGCUACAGACCCCGAAAUUCAGCAAGUACGCCUAUCAUUGCACAGAUUGCGUCACGCCAUGCGACCUGGUCAGUAUCUAGUAGAUACAUUCCCAUUCUUAAAAGGUAUUCCUUGGUAUGGUCUGGAGCUAAAGCAAUGGCAUGAAGAAGAGCGCAAACUUUUUACCGGUCAACUUAACAAGGUCCAGGAACAACUUGACAAUAACGAAGACGUGGGGCCUUCAUUUGGCAAACAUCUACUCGAGAACAAGAUGGAAUAUGCACUAACAGAAACUGAGAUGGCGUACCUAACAGGUGGUUUCUUCGCCGCUGGCUCUGAUACGACUGCUGCUGCAAUUUCUCUUAUGAUCUUGUCAGCGGCAGUUCACCCAGAAGCUCAGGCUAAAGUGCAGGCAGAGCUCGACUCUGUAAUAGGCCAACAAAGGGCUCCUACGUUCUCUGAUGAGGAAAUGCUUCCGCAACUCCAGGCUUUCAUCUUAGAGAGUUUCCGGUGGAGACCCAUUGUUGGUGGAGGUCUGCCUCACCGAACCAAUAAGGAUAUGAUUUGGGAAAAUCUCUUUAUUCCUUCUGGGACAACUAUCGUCGGACACCAUUGGGCUAUUUCCCGGGAUCCCGUUGUGUAUCCCAAUCCAAACAGCUUCGAACCCCAGCGAUGGUUGAACAGUCAAGGGAAGAUAAGAGACGAUAUCAAGUUUUUCACGUAUGGCUUCGGAAGACGUGCAUGUCCUGGACAGCAUGUCGCCAACAGAUCUGUGUAUAUCAACGCUGCGCUUAUCCUGUGGUCCUUCCGGAUGUCUCUAAAUUCUUCUGAGCCGAUCGAUGACAUGGCGUUCAUGGGUGGAAUGGUUCCAUCAGUAACACCAAAAGUACUUUUCGAAAAAAGAAUGGACGAGAAAGAGCUGAGAGAUAUUAUAGAAAGGUAUUCCGAGGGGCUGUGAUUGUGUCAAGUUGAGGUUUAUGUUUUCACCGAGUUUUCAUGUUCGCAGAUCUCGCCAAAGGCGCUGGCGACGAUGCAACUGUCUGGAAUUCACAUGAAUUAUGCUUGCUGCAAGUAGAGUUAUAUAUGAAUUUAAGUCCCGAAUCAUUUCUUGUCAGUCCUACAUAACUUGUACAUUAUAUCCACGAUUCAUUGUCCUCUAAACCUUCUCAUGGGCUUAA